AUGGCUAGUGAGGCAUGCUGCAAGUUGGCUCCGGUCGUUGCCGACUACACCCCCAAGGGCAAAUACGAAAAGAUUGCCGGCAUCAACACCUACAUUGUAGGAUCUGAGGAUGCUACCAAGGGAAUUGUCGAUAUCUAUGACAUCUUUGGCAUUUGGCCUCAGACCAUCCAGGGCGCUGACCGUCUGUCCGCUCAGAGUGGUGCUCUGGUUCUGGUUCCUGACCUGUUUGAUGGCACCGGUCUAGACAUAAAUGUCAUCCCUAAUGACACAGAGGAGAAGACCAAGAAGCUGUACGAAUUCCUCGCCACCAAGGCAAACCCAGAGGCAAACGUAGCCAAGAUUCUGGCUCUCCGCAAGGAGCUGACCGAGAAGUACCCUGCCAUCGAGGGCCACUGGGGACUUUUUGGCCUCUGCUGGGGUGGCAAGCUGGCUGUUCUGGCUUGCGGAGCGGGCAACGAGGGCGUUGGCCGACGAUUCGUAGCCAGUGGAACCGCUCAUCCUGGUUUGCUUGAUGAGGCUGAUGCCAAGGCCCAGACGGCUCCUCACAUCCUGCUUGCCUCCAAGGACGAGCCCGCAGAUAAGGUUGCCUUGUACAAGGAAAUUAUGGGCGACAAGGUCGAGGCCACCACUUAUGAGACUAUGCACCACGGCUGGAUGGGCGCCAGAUCUGACCUGAAGAACGAGGAGAACGUCAAGGAGUUUGAGCGCGGCUACAAGCAGGCCGCUGAUUUCUUUGCCAAGCACCUUUAAGUGGACGGAUUAGUCUUGGGAAUGUAACGUUUUGGAGCAAGAAUCACGAUGAAGAAGAGACUUAUACCCAACGCUGUAUUGAAUGUUGAUUUGUGCAUCUUGCAUAUGCUUUGAUCUAGUGGUGUUGGAAGUAAGAAUUAGUCUUGGGGGUGUAAAGGAUGUAGUGAAUUUGUUAGUAUUAGCACACCAUGUUAUUGGGUCCCUAUACCAUUGGC